AUGGCACUUACUCCAGAAAUUGUUUCGGCGAAGUUGGUGACCUUAAAUGAGACCCAAGAAAGCAUAACUGGGAUUGCACAUUGGGUUAUCUAUCACAAACGAUACGCGAAUGAAAUUAUUCAACUUUGGCUGGAUUCACUGCGCGAAGCUCCCUCUAAUAAAAAGUUACUUCUGUUAUAUUUAAUUAAUGAAGUCGUCCAACAGUCUCGUGUGAAAAAAAUCACUGAUUUAAUUGACGCUGUUGCACCUUUCGUCGUAGAAGCUGUUUCACAAGCAUAUGCCAGUGUACCUUCUACCAUAAAAACAAAGAUUAAAUACGUAUACGACGUUUGGUGCCAACGAGCUAUAUUCUCAAAAAAAAUUUUAUCAGAUCUUCAGAAUAAAUUUAUGGAAGCCGAUUACAAUCGUCUUGGUCAACCUUCAGCUGUCGAUCAACCGGAAUGGUUGUCUCUUUCUAGACGUUUCGUAGAAGCAUCUAUUCAUGCAAAAUCUUCAGCAACAACGAAAAGCGCUGUUGACGUCUUGUACAAGUCGUAUAGAGAAAAACCAUCCGAUGAUCCAGAGUUAAAUGAAAAAUUUAAAGCUCAACUUGUGAAUGCCGUAUCGUCCUGCGAAAGAACACACCGUCUUAGCGUGGAAUCUCGUCUGGCUUUAAUAUCCUCUUUAGAGACUUUGUUGGACAAUCAAAGACAACACGUACAAGGAGAGGAAGCGAACAUUUCGGAAUUGACAGACAUACUUACGGUCAUCGAAGGAAAAAGCCCUUCCAUCAAACAAACCCCCGUAGACGCUAAUACCUCAACAGAUCCUAGUUACAACAGUGAUGAUGCAUACUCUCCUGAAGUAGACUCUUAUUCUCCUCCUAUUGAUCAUGCUCCUUAUUCAGCUGAUCUCCAUCCCGUCGAACCAACCUUUUCUCCUCUACCUCCUUCAGUUGCUUCAACCCACAGUGAACAAAACCUUUCCAGUGAGAAUCCAUCAAACGAAAAUUCAGGCCAUGAACAAAAAGAACCAGAAGACGGUUCUCAAACUUUUCAAAAAGAGGGAUCAGCUUCUUCUGAAGAUUCUAUAGCUGCAGGACUUUAUCCCGACAAUUAG